CUCGUCCUCAAAAGCCUAUACCCUUUUUCGUCCACUCGCACCACCUUCUCAGUCCUUCCUUCCUCCUACCCUUCUCCCUCUUCCCCCUUUUCCUUCUUCGGAAUUUGGAUAUUUUUCUGUAAUUCUUUUCAAAUUCAAGCAAAGAAAUGGAACACCCAUUUUUCCCCACCACCACCACUCGUGCGGAGGCUUUGCGGUGGCUGACAAUCGCCGAGAAGCUGCUCUCGGCGCGUGACCUGAUGGGGAGCAAGUCCUUCGCGUCCCGGGCCCGUGACUCCGACCCCACGCUCUCCCCUGCUGACCAAAUCCUAGCUGUCGCGGAUACGCUUCUCGCAGGCGACAGGCGGAUCGGGAACAACCAGCAAGACUGGUACGCGAUCCUUCGUCUGACGCCGCAGCAGGGCCGGGACUCUGAGCUCAUCGCCACACAGUAUCGGAACCUAGCUCUGCUUCUGAACCCUCAGAAAAAUAAGUUCCCCUUCGCUGAACAAGCCUUCCGACUCGUCGUCGACGCGUGGUCUGUUCUCUCCAACCCUUCGAGGAAAUCCUUGUACGAUAAAGAGCUCGCCUUCUAUUUGCAGCCGCAGCAACAACCCGACCCGUUUAGCAACCCCAUCCCAGGAAUGCACCAGAACUUCAUUUUCUUCGGGGGUAGCAGCUCCAGUGGUGUUACUCAUCCCCUUCAGCCGCAGGGCGCCGUUCACUUUUCUCAAGUACAGGUACAUGCAAAUCCUCAGGUUGAUCCGGUUGCUGGUGGGUCGGCCCGAGAACCGCAAAAUUUUAUGAGUUUUAGUUCUGGUUCUAAUCUUGUUUUUGGGUCAGGGUCUGGGUCAGGGUCUAAACAUACCCAUGAGACGGAGAAUAAGCAGGCAGAAGAAAGUUAUUCAACUUUUGCUGGUAAUGUUUCUGCUGCUCCUGGGGCGACCCAGGAGCAAGUGAAUAAUAAGAAUGAACAACCUCAACAAAAUUACUCUAAUGUUGGUGAUAAAACCAGUUACAAUGUUAAAGUGAGUGAGAAUGUAGAAGAGAGGAUAGAAGAGGAGGAGGAAGAUGCAGAUAAAUUAGAUGGGCAGGAGGAGAGAGUGGAUGAACCUGCAAAUGAUGAUGGGUCGACCUUUUGGACUGCAUGUCCUUACUGUUAUUAUAUGUACGAGUAUCCUGGGUUGUAUGCUGAUUGUACAUUGCGGUGUCAGAACUGUAAGCGCGCGUUUCAGGCAGUGGUGAUUCCAUCCCCACCACCGAUCGUGGAUGGACAAGAGGGAUACUUUUGUUGCUGGGGUUUUUUGCCCUUGGGUUUUUCAAUGGAGAAUUGGGAGAAAAAUAGGGGUGCUGCUUCAUCUUGGACUCCUUUUUCGCCUUUGUAUACUUGCCCACAAGCUUCGAAUGGGAAUAAUGCUAAUAAGAAGGGUGCCCAUAAGAGCUCGGCUCCUAGGGUAUAUGUCGAUGAUGAUGAAGUUUUUGUGGAGAUCUCGGAGUCAAGUGAGUCUGAUGAUGAUGAUUGGCAUAAUGGUAGGGAGAAAAAGAAGAAGAAAGCAAAGAAUGUGAAAGGAAAGGGGGCUAGUGGGACGUUGAAUAGAAGUACAAAGAAAGCACAAGUUGAAAAAGGUAAAAAUGUGAAUGUGCAAGAUGGUUUUGUAUCUCCAAAUGGAGUGGAGACACCCAAGAAGACAGCAGGUGAAUCGAGUAAAAAAGGGGCUGCUGUCAAUGCUAGAAAGCAACCUGGCAGGGUUGCAAAGAAUAAGUUGGAUUUGAAUGUGGAGUUCAGCAAUGAAGCUGAGGAGCCGGCUCCAAGGGCAAAUCAAGGAAAUGGGCCAAGCCGUGGAGAGGAUGAUAACAUAGAAGGGAUUGGGUUUUUUGAGGGUCUUGAUGAAUUUCUAAGCAGUCUUCCAAUUCUUAAUGUUGUAGGUGAUGAUAAGGUCGUCAAGGCAGCAUAAUAAAGUAAGACCUUUUCUUGUUGUAACAGUAGGUAAUAAUUCUGUGGUUGUGACAGCUGCUUAGUGAAGUAAGACUCUACUCUAGUUGUAGUUUGGUCUGUAGUAGUAAAUGAAUGUAGUUCAAUUUGGAUUUUUUGCGCUGUUGUUUCAUGGUUUGAUUAAUGUAUAUAGAUAUCAAUUUAUGUCUUU